CUAAGUUCCCCUCCCGUUAAUCACCUGAUAAAACAACUGCUAAUUCAAAAUUAUUACGGAGAUUAAGCUUAAAAUAUUCAUUAUAAUAAUAAAAUAAGCAGCCCAUCCAGAAAUUGUUUCUAGUGCUUUGUUUCUUCAGCACAACGGUUCAUUUACUCCGCUGCAUGCUUUGCGGAUGAUUCAAAUCUCCAUCAAACCCCAUCGUAAUCCUAUAACGCCGUAGAAGAUUCACUACUACACAGAGAGCGCGAGAUUUACAUUCGCACUGGUGGGUAAAAGGGGGAGAAAUGGGGAAGAUUAAGGAAAUCUAGGGUUUCGAAGGGGGCCCUUUUUUUAAAAUAAAAUUUGAGGAAAAAGGGCCCGCCCUUAUUGUAGGGAAGGAGAGAGAAAUGAAGGAUUUGCUGGGUAGCCCAGGAUCUGUGAGUGGUUUGUUGUUAAGAACAGGGCAGUGUUUCUUUGCAGCUUCCUCCAUUGGAGUUAUGGUUUCUGCUAUUGGGUUUUCUAACUUCACCGCUUAUUGCUAUCUCAUUGCAUCAAUGGGGCUUCAAGUACUAUGGAGCUUUGGACUUGCCUGUCUUGAUAUCUACGCUUUACGGAUAAAACGAGACCUCCGAAAUCCAGUCCUAGUCAGCCUGUUCGUUGUCGGUGAUUGGGUGACAGCUACACUAUCACUUGCAGCCGCGUGCUCAUCGGGAGGAAUCGCAGUUUUGUACGCAAAAGAUUUGAAAUUCUGUACUGGUCCAGGGCAUCUGCCAUGUCACAGGUUUGAGCUUUCCAUAGCUCUGGCAUUCAUUACAUGGUUCCUUAUUGCUUUGUCUUCUCACGUCAUGUUCUGGAUAUUAGCAUCGGUCUGAAAUUUUCACGUUUUCGGUGUUUGCGAGGUUAUUAAUUUCCGUCGGAAUUUGGCAAUUGUAAGAUAUGUUGUUGUUGUUGUUGUUGUAAUCACUCAUUCUUACUUUGCAAGGCUGCGGCUUUCGAAAUUAUCAGAGAGUUGUGAGCUUAUUGAUUUCUUUCGUAUUUUUUU